UACAAAUGGAAGACUCUGCAACGGGGUAUGGCUUCCAAAGUGUUUACAAUGGACCAGAUUUAUCUUAUUUUAUAGAGCAUCUACGCAGAAAUACAGAAUACAAGUUCAGGAUGUCGGCGAACAAUGAGGAAGGGUCAAGUAAGUGGAGUGAUGCAGUGAAGUAUCGCACGCUACCAGAUAGACCUGGGGCACCUCAAAGGCCACAAGUCAAGGGUAAAGUCCAUCCAACGUCCUUCAGAGUAAACUGGGAUGACCCUCGGGAUUCUGGAGGAUCAGAGAUCACAAAGUUCAUUCUGGAACUAGAUGAAGGCAGAGGUUUUGAUGAAGUGUACAAGGGGCCCGAAAAAGACUACAAUUGUGAUCGAUUACUACCUGGACAGACGUAUCGUUGUCGAUUGUGCUGCUUCAGUAAGGGAGGAAAAUCAGAUUGGUCGGACUCAAUGGCUGUGACCUUACCACCAGUGACUCCAGGGCCGUGUCUACCCCCAAAGCUACGAGGGAAGCCUAAGGCCACAUCAGUCUGUCUACAAUGGGGCUAUCCAGACUAUGAUGGCGGAGCACCAGUGACAGUGUUUGAAAUCAACAUGACCAAUCCGGACAGUUCAAAUCGUGAAUGCUAUAAAGGUCCUGACCUUGAAUGCACGGUUGCGGGGCUUUUACCUGGGCGGCCAUAUCUAUUCCAAGUCAGAGCCUCCAAUAAGGCUGGGUGCGGCCCAUGGUCAGAGCGAGUUGAGUUGAUAAGUGGUGCAGGGGUCCCUGAUGCUCCGAAGACCCCUUCAGUACACUGUAAAUCGCCUCAUAGUGCAAUGAUCUGGUGGGAAGAGCCUGUUAACAAUGGUGCUACUAUAACAGACUACAGGUUGGAAUGGAGUACUGGGGGAGACUCUGACUUUACUCAAUUAUAUUAUGGUCCUGGUUUGACCUAUGAAGUAAAAAGUCUCACCCCAGCCUCAGAGUACUGCUUCCGUGUACAGGCAAUCAAUGCUACUGGAGUUGGUCCCGUAAGUGAUUCCUGUACUUGUGUAACACCGCCAUCUAGUCCGAGCACAGUGACAUCUAUACGCACGACCACAACCGCAGAUUCCAUAUCAAUUUCCUGGCGAGAGCCACAGUGUAACGGGAGCGAGAUCCUCUCGUAUAACAUUGACAUUGGGGAAAGGCAUUUGAUUCCUGUGGGUAAUGUGACAGAUUUCACAAUCGACUCUCUUAUUCCCGAGACGACGUACAAGGUGAGGAUACAAGCCUUGAAUGGUAUUGGAGUUGGUGCAUUUAGCAGUCCCAUCAAGGUGACAACACGCUCCCUACCCCCUCCCCCGCCCCACCUUGAGUGUGUGCUUGCGGGACCCAACAGCCUCAAACUGAAGUGGGGGGAAGGACGGAACCCAGACAUGCUGCAAUACAUUUUAGAGAUGAAGAGAGACAAUGGAAGUUUUUACCAUGUCUACCAGGGCCCUAGUCAAAUGCAGAAAGUGAACCGUCUGCAAGAAACGACGGAUUAUUUCUUCCGAAUUUCUGCCAGCAAUGAGGCCGGGGAAGGCCCCUACUCAGAAGUCUAUCAGUUCACAACCACUAAGGCACCUCCACCAGCUGUGAAAGCUCCAAAAGUGAGUGAUAUAUCACUAGAAGGGGCCUCUGUGGAAUGGUCGCCAUGUAAACAAAUGGGGAAAGACCCCUUGAAUUAUGUCCUACAAGUGCAGUCUAAAAAUGAAGAAUAUAAACAGAUCUACAGUGGUUCAGAAACAAUGUAUAAAUUAUCAUACCUAGAACCGAAUACGGAGUACGUCGUCAGAGUUUGCGCUGAGCGUCUUUGUCAGGACGGCUCUGGAUCUUUAUUGGGUGCUUUCAGUCCAGGUAUCAUUUUCUACACUCAUAGCCAGGAACCAAUCAAAACAGUCGGAGUGAAAUCAGAAAGCGGAGAAAGUUCAGAACCAAAACAGUUGACCGAUCAGCAGUGGGCGAUGAUUAUUCUAGCCGUGUGCGCAUUUUUGGCAAUCUUACUAGCCUUUCUGGCUAAGCAAUUUAUAUCCUAUUCUAAACCCUCCUAGGAUAAUCUUGGUGCUAAAAUAACUCACUAGAUGGGGCUGUUUUUAUGAAUGAGUCAGGUGGUAUUUUCAGCCAUCUUGAAAACGGCUCCAUCUGGUGAUAAAAAUGGUGAUAAUAGAUGGAGCUAUGUGAUCAUAACAAAGAUGGCUGGCUGCCUGUUCUAUUCAAAGAAGAUGUAAUUAUAAUAUGGACUAUGUUGAUACAACAAGUAUUCAAAUAACAUUCUCAGUACAUGCAUAUGGUACUUAAUUUUUUUUGUAAAUUUUUUCGGUUUAGAUGUAAUCUAAUUUAGAAGUACAUUAUACAAGAAUUCAACUUCAGUCCAUGAUUAAAGUACGUAUUUGAAAGGAAAUCUUAGUUCAGAUAAUUGAACCUAUUCCAUUCCCAUUUUGUAAUGAAAAUACUUCAAAUCUCACAAAGUUUAAAUGAAUGAAUUUCUAUAGAUUCCAUUAAGUUCUAUAAAUCUUAAAUAAAUGAAUUCUUUAAAAACAUACAGAGAAAAAAUGAAAUGUAAAAAUGCAUUGAUAAUAGGUGACCACCCAUCAGAAAAGUGGAAGAGUGUGGAAAUCGAAAGGAUCGAAUUAAUCAAACAUUUCAUUGUCAAAUUUUACCAAAAAUGACCUGAGAAAAUGUAUACUUCCAUUUUCAUGUUGUAGAAUGGGUGUUAGUUGGUAUAAGAAAUAUUUAUGUUAUUUAUAAUAUGAAUAAUACAAAAUAGGGUGGCCAUAUAUAUUUUUGUCAGUUCAAGGGGUCUUGAGGACCCCAUGUGAAAUAUAGAUG